AUGGCGACAACCCAGCACCAUGGCGAUUUCAGAGGCCGCAGCGAGGCCGUGCUGGCCGUCACCAUCACCAUGAUGAGCCUCGGCUCCGUCUUCGUCUUCUUCCGCAUGCUGUCGCGAGCUGCCAUCGUCAAGAAGGUCUCGUGGGACGACUACUUUAUGGUCCUGGCUUGGUCGUUGCUCGUCGGUCUCGGCUCUGCCAUUUGCUAUGGGACUGCGUACGGCCUUGGGAGACAUGAGGUCGACGUGCCUCAUAGUUGGCAAUCGGGGCUCAGAAAGGCAAUCUAUGCCUUCAGCAUCCUGUACCAACCCGCUCUGAUGGCCACCAAGACUUCCAUCUUGGCCUUCUACCUCACCCUUUCCAAGGCCAAUCGGACGUUCAGAUGGGCUUGCUAUGUCACCUUCUUCAUCGUCAAUGCUGGUGGACUGUCUCUCACGCUGGUCACGGUCUUCCAGUGUGUACCCGUCAGUGCCGUCUUCAAAUCGCCCAUCCCAGCGAGUGCGAAAUGUACAGACAUCCUCACGAUUUACCUCUCAUCGAUCCCGCUCAACAUCAUCACCGACCUCACGCUGCUCUUCCUACCCAUGCCCAUCUUGACCGGCAUGCGUUUACCGCGGAAGCAGAAGAUCAUCGUCCUCGUCACCUUCAGCUUCGGUAUCUUUGUCGUCGUCGUCGAUGUGGUGCGCAUCUCGUACCUACAAUCCGCUUCGAUGACACGACUGCAGGAGAUCGCCACUGCAGCCGCGGAUGAGAACGAUAUGGCGGAACAGACGGAUGCUUCUUAUUUCCUCGCCUUCUCCUUGAUGUGGAGCGCGAUAGAAGUCUCGGUUGGUAUCAUGUGUGGCUGCGUACCGGGUCUCAAACCGUUGGUCGCCAGAUUCAUGCCGCAUCUGCUGAGAGAUCCCGGCGAUCCACCCUCACAGUUUGGCUCCUUCUCCCUGCCGAAUCCUGAAGUGACAGCGAUCGCGCCUCCUGUCCCAGAUGAAGUACAUCAUGAGGACCUGGGCCGAGGACCGCACGACGAGGACCAGAAUCCAAUGGGCAUGAUGGAGUUUCUCACAGGGCGGCGCGACUUUGCUCAUGCGCCUAUCAAUACAUCCUUCGAAGAGCCUGCGGGUAUCGAUUUCCUCACGACCCCAGAAAGGACCGACUUGUCGAGAUUACCGCCGAUGGAGCGCUCGCAAACCGCGCUGACAAACUCGACGCGGCAUACCAAGCCCGAAUCUCCGACUUUCUUCGACUUCGUCGAUCUCAGGCAGAAGAAGAGUCUGGUGUACAUGACGAACCGGGAGUCGAUUUAUCCCAUUGCCAUGGUCACGGUGCUGUUCUUCAUCUGGGGCUUCGAAUAUGGAUUGCUGGAUACGCUGAAUCGACAAUUCCAGACUGUCGCGAGUGUCACUCAAGGUCAAGCACUCGGCAUUCGAAGCGCAUACUACGUUGGCUACUUUUUCGGCCCAUUCACUACCGGACGGCUUGUGCUGAAGCACUGGGGAUUUCGAGCUUGUUAUCCCAUAGGACUCAGCAUCUACGCGGCCGGCUGUCUGAUCUUCUGGCCUGCUGCUGUGCUCACCUCCUGGCCGACUUUUAUCGUCACCAACUUCAUCGUCGGCUUUGGCUUGUCGAAUUUAGAAGUCUCUGCAAACCCUUUCAUCGUCCUCUGUGGACCUGCCGAGUACGCAGAGGUCCGGCUCAAUCUCAGUCAAGGCGUACAGGCCAUCGGCAGCAUUGUGGCACCUCUGAUUGCGAAUAAGGCAUUCUUCCACAAGACGAUGAUUGCGCCAAACCUAGUCUCUACGCAAUGGGCUUAUUUGGGAAUCGCACUUGCCACUGUUGUGUUGGCACUGGUAUACUACUACCUGCCUCUGCCCGAAGCGACAGAUGACGAACUGGAAGAUGCUGCAGAACGCAUGGAUGGCGCAAACAAAGCCAAGCUAGGCAGCAUCAACGUGACUUGGAUUGUCCUAGCCAUGGGCGUUCUCGGCCUCUUCUGCUACGUUGGAGGCCAAGAAGUUGUUAGCUCCAGUUUCGGCGCCUAUCUCGACGCUAUCGCUCCCACUUACAACCACACGAACUUCUUGGCCAUUGCCCAUACUGCUUUCGCCGUCUCCCGCUUCCUCGCUGCUGGGCUCGGCCUCUGGAUCAGACCUCGCAUCCUCCUCCUCUUCUUCAGUCUUGGCACCAUCCUAUUUACUGCUCUCUGUACGCACUUCACCGGGGCUACAGGCGUGGCAGUGAUGAUUCUCGUCUUUUUCUUCGAAGGACCACUCUUCUCCCUCAUCUUCGCCCAAGCCCUGCGCGGUCAAGGAAGGAACACCAAAUUCGCCAGCGUCCUCAUUACGACUUCCAUCUCCGGCGGAGCGGUCUUCUCCCCUAUCGCUACUACGGUCUUGGUCGCGGACAAUGGACAGGGAGCGCCGUAUAGCCUCGUGGUAGCCAUUGCUGCUUUCGCCGGCUGCACGGUCUUUCCGAUCGCGCUGAAUACCUGGCGCGGAUUCCGGCUGGUCGUGGAGCCCUUGGGGGAUGUGACGGAUUCUGGCGGGCAUGGAGGCAGUCGACCGAGCUCGACGAGUAGCGCUGCCAGCCGGGCGUUGAGCUUUCUGAAUGUCAAAUUCACGGGCAAGAAGGACAGGAGAAGGCAGGAGAGCGGCGAGGAGGUGGAAUGGAGGGAGAAGACGCUCUCUCCGGGGCCGGGACUCGGGGAACACCGGGAUUCUGCGGUCGCCGUGCCUCCUCCUGCGAGUGGAGCGGCUGGCUUGACAUGA